AUGUUCCCCGAGCUCCGGCGAUGGGUCCAGGAGAACCAGGGCUUCUUGGACGAUGGCCUGGAGGUCCGCGCGUGCGCGCGCGGCCGGGGCCUCUUCUGGGCCGGCGCCUCGAGCGGUUUGGACCCGGGGAAGUGCCUUCUGUCGCUGCCGCUGGAGGCGUGUUUGUCCUCAGCGGAUCCCUGCGUGGCGGAGCUGCCGGUGAACUCGUUGUUCCGCCUCACGGAGCUUUUCUGCCGGGAGCUGCAAAAAGGCCCCGACUCGCGGUGGGCUUUGUGGUUUGCAGCGCUGCCGGCGAACUGCGGGAACUGGCCGGAGUGGCCAGAGGACAAGCGAAGCGAGGCGAAGGCGGAAGGCGUGAAGCUGCUGACCUGGCAGAAGCAGCUGAGCCAGAUCCUGCCGGACAGCGCCAUCGCAGGCCUGCGGGGCGCGAGCGGGCCCUUCCGGCGCGCCUUGGCAGUGCUGCUGAGCCGACGCUUCAACAUAACCUGCGCCGGCGCGCACGUGGCGGUAUGCGUUCCAUUCGGUGACAUGAUCAACCAUGCGCCCAGCUGCGAAGCAACUGUGGAGGUCCAGUACCAUGAGGCAUGGAGGGAGCUGCGCUUCGUGACCACCCGGCCAGUGACCUCAAUGCAGGAGCUCUUCAUGUGCUACGGGGACUUCGGAAACUCGGAGCUCUGUGCCAACCAUGGCUUCACGCCGAGCCCCCUCCGCCGCGCGGAGGAAUUGCCGGCCUCAAGCAAAGCAGACCGCUAG